ACGCAGGCACGCAGUGGGCCUCGCUCCCUCGCUCUUCCCGCCCCCCCGCGACACGUCGCCUGGCAACCGAGAAGCCGCGGCCUAGUGAAGAGCAACGGCGCUCCCAUCCUAACCCAGGGGGGGUGGGGGAAGCGGUCUGGGGGACAUGCCUUGGGCCUCGCAGCCACCGCAAACGACAGUCUGACGGCCUGUGAGGAAUUCUUAAAAUCCGAAGUUUUGCUUCUCUGCAAGAAUGAACUCCACCAAGUGCUCCGACCCACAUAAGACAACGCUUCGACAGCUUCUCCACGGCUUGGAAAAGGGUCAGAAAGCUGACAUUUGUGCCUACACUUUUGGGCACUUAAACCAAAGGAAUCUGUCCAAAGUAUCUGGGCAAUACAAAGGUGCAGUGUCGUGGCAAGGCGCUAAAAUGACCACCCACAGGAAAGAGAAAAGCACGUCAAUCCAGCAGUCAAGCAAGAUGAAAGUCAAGAAAAUGACCGACGCAAUGGUAGAACUUAGCCUGAUGACCACAGUGCUGCCAAACCUGCCUGCAGCUAACCUUCCUAUCCUCUGUGAGUUAGAUCAGAGUGCAGCUAGAGGUUCUCGGGAGAUACCAGACACGACUUCAAGCACAUGCACGCUAAUCACAGAUGCUAAGAAGCAAAGUCUGCAAGAUCACUGCAUCAAAGAGGAACUGGACUUCACAGCUCUCAUGCUGAUGAAGCCUCAGCCGCAGAAAUGUGAAGGGCCCUCUGGAAGCCAGUACCAGAGGCAGUUCAUUGAAUCAUAUUUGGCUGGAGUGACAAAGGAGGACCAAUUCAGAAAGCUACUUGAUUUCGAACGCAAAGUCCUGAUGAAACAAGAUCUGCUGGAGAGGGAUAUAAUGUCUGGUUACAAAGUGGCACAGAAGCACGAGUGGAAGCUGGCCAAUGAGCUGAUGAAACUAGGCCACUGUCCUGGACCAAACCUGCGACGACUUCAGAUCUUCAGUGAGGUUUUUGAAGACAUUUGCCAAGACACUACAAUGUUCCGCAAUAUUUUGAGAGAAAUAAAGGUUGAAUAUGACGCGUACCUCGCCUCACUCCUGGAGGUGCAGCCAAUGAAUGAACAUAAGAACCUUCAGGCUGAGCUUCAAGUAAUGGAGAACAGGCCAGUGAAAACUCACCACGUAGAAGAAGUGCGUCAGAGAAUCUUAAAUCUGGAGCAAGAGGCAAAACACGAUUUGCAGAGAAAUGAUGAGUUAAGGGAUGAACUUGAGAGGGAACUUUCAAAACCAAAGCAGCAAGAAGUACAGCCUGUUGUGAGACCAGUUGAAGCCAAGGAGCACCGACUGUCUAUCACAGAGAAAGUGUUAUUCUUGCGGAACAAAAUUUUUCAAAUAACAGAACAGAUUCAAGAGGUGGAAAAGGAAUUGAAGCAGUCCAUGGUGCCUUCCACAGUCACCAAUGCAUUGCAGAGCUCCCUCAGAGACUCUCAGGGUGAAAUUGCAAACCUGCAGCAUUCCAAUGCAUUUCUUCGCAGGAAAAUAACAGGUUUUGAAAAUUAUAUUAAUGUAGCCCUCAAUGAAAAUAAAGUGAGCAGAAGUGUCAAAGAGAAUUUUUGGAAGCUGGUUAAUGAUCUUGUGGAUUCUGCUGAGAAUGGUGUCAUCUCUGGGUGAUUGGACGACAUGUAUACUCUUUAACAUUUAAUCCACUCGUCUAAAUGUGGCAUUGAAAAUCCAAGAUAGUUUGAUAAAGCUUACACUGCAAUAAUUUUAAUCUUUGCAUUGUUGUAUUACUCAAUGAACUUCAAAAUUAUGUUGUCUUUGCACUAAGUUCUCUCCCAAUUGUGGCAGCAACAGUUUAUAUUUAUAUAGCACCUUCUACAUAAAUUACGAAUGGGACCAUUUUAAAAUAAGAUUUGCUGCAAGAUAAUUCAGAAGAUAUUGGAACAAAUGACCUAAAAGAUUGGUAAAUGAGUUUCAUUUUAAGAGCUUCUUCAAGAAGGUGAGGUGACAAGAGAGACGACUUGACUGAGUGGGGGGAUUCCAGAGUUUUGGCAUCUGAAGGAAUGCUCAUCAAUGAUGGAGAAUAAAAAAAUGGGGAUAAGCAAGUAGUCAGAAAUUAGAUUCUGUCCUGGUUUUAAAUUGCUGUACUCCAAUAAAAUAUGUUUUGACAUUCC